AUGCGGAGACGACGCGACAUAAGAAGGUCGGGAUGCGCUAUCUAUAAUGAAGACGAGCAGACGAAAAAGAGCGGGUGGACUUACGUGGGAAGUAAAGCCAGAAGAACGUGGGGCCUAUCGAUCGAUCAAAUGGAAAAGCACACAACAGACGAAAGUACGUCGACGUUGGGCCAUCGUGUGUCAGCUAUAGCAUAUGGUGUUGCGACUCUACAUCAUGCCCACGUUUCCUGUGGUUGUGCUGGGGUUCUAGUGCACACAAGAGAGCAGCGCUUUUACAUGCCCAGCCCAUACACGCUCUAA